AUCGAGUGUGUAUUCGCCGGACAAAGGUCCACGUUCGGCGGUCAAGCGCGAUCGACGCUGCUAUCGGGGGUUUAGAACGUACUCUUUUGUUCAGUCCCGGAAUGGCCGCUGCUCUGUGUGUGCGCGCGUGCUUUUGUGUGUGUGUGUAUGCGUGCUUGCGUGCGUGCGCUGUUCCGUAGGCUUGCGAAAGAGAGACACCCAACUAUGCUUGCGGAAUGCGUCUGGUCUCAGCCACCCGACAGUAAACAAAAGAGUGAUUUGUCUCAAAAUGGUCAUACAGAGUCAGAGGCAACAUUGCUUUAUUGGCAUUAACAGCAUUAGCAAUGCUUCCAAAGCGUUUAAAGUACUUUAUAAAUAUUUAAUAUAUAAAUCAAUUAUGUGGAGUUAACAAAGACAGUAAGGGAAAAGUAAUAUGUAAAAAAAUAAUGGAAAAUAAAUACACAUUUUAAAAACACGGCAGCAGCUGCGCGCUCACGCAGAAACGCACGCGCGCGCGCUCGCUCGCUCACGCGCUGCGGAUUCAGCUCUUCCCGCUUUGAGCUCGAGCAGCUCCGAAUUCCGUUUGGCGGAUGACAGUUUGUUUUUAAAGAGGGCCUGUAUGACAACAAGAACGAACAUUUACGGUUCUGAACACGUCAAUACACUGCCGUCCCGUCAAGAUGAGACCGCUUAUUUCAAAAUGUACGGGUUUGGUGAGAAAUGAGCCAAAGGAUGUGAAUCCUGGCAACCUGUCUGUGUACAGCAGCUGAAGGAAGGAGUGCAGUUCAAACAAGCAUGAGGCUACUGGUCUCCAUGCCACACCAACUACAACAAACACGCAUUGCCUUUAUGGAAUUUUAACCCCAACAGGAGUACUGACUGCCUCGGUCCACAAACACUCAGGUAUGAAUGAACACACACAGAUAUAACAGCCUCUCCCUUUGGUUCAACACCAGAACGGCCCUUGAAUAACGAGCAAAAAAGUAGAUAGAAAGUGAGAGAGACUGAGAGUCCCAUGUGCCAUUGGGCCGAGGGACUUUCGCCAUGAGCAGUACUCUGGGCAAAGAUAAAGACUCUAAGGAGAAGGAACCCAAAGCCGAAGGGAAAUCCAAAACCAAAGGGAAAGAUGCCAAAGAUGGGAAGAAAGACACAAGCGGUGCUUCGCCCGCGGUGGCCUUUACUUUGGAUAGUACGAUAAAGCGCCCCAACCCGCCGCCUAGCACACGCAAAAAAUCCAGCAAUGCCGAGGUCAUCAAGGAACUUAACAAGUGUCGCGAGGAGAAUUCAAUGCGCCUGGACCUGUCCAAGAGAUCCAUCCAUCUGUUGCCCUCCUCCAUCAAGGAGCUGACCCAGCUGACUGAGCUCUACCUGUACAGCAACAAGCUGCAAAGCCUUCCGCCAGAGGUGGGAUGCUUGUCGGGACUGGUGACGCUGGCACUCAGCGAGAACUCUCUCACCAGCCUACCCGACUCGCUAGACAACCUGAAGAAGUUGCGCAUGCUUGACUUACGGCAUAACAAACUACGGGAGAUCCCCGCUGUGGUCUACCGCGUCAGCUCCCUCACCACGCUCUACCUGCGCUUUAAUCGUAUCACCACAGUGGAGAAGGACAUCAAGAACCUGUCCAAACUCACCAUGCUCAGCAUCCGAGAGAACAAAAUCAAACAGCUGCCUGCAGAGAUUGGCGAGCUUUGUAACCUGAUUACGCUGGACGUAGCCCACAACCAGUUGGAGCACCUUCCUAAAGAGAUUGGCAAUUGCACUCAGAUCACCAACCUUGACCUGCAGCACAACGAACUUCUUGACCUACCUGAAACUAUAGGUAACCUGUCAAGUAUAAACCGUUUAGGCCUGAGGUACAACCGUCUAUCAGCGAUCCCUCGAUCUUUAGCCAAGUGCCGAGAGCUGGAAGAGCUCAACCUCGAAAAUAACAACAUCUCAGUGUUACCAGAGGGGCUGCUCUCCAGCCUGGUGAACCUGACAAGUCUGACGCUGGCACGGAACUGCUUCCAGUCUUACCCAGUGGGCGGCCCAUCCCAGUUCUCCACCAUCUACUCUCUAAACAUGGAGCACAACCGUAUCAACAAGAUCCCUUUUGGCAUCUUUUCCAGAGCAAAAGUGCUCAGCAAGCUCAAUAUGAAGGACAACCAGCUAACGUCCCUCCCGCUAGAUUUUGGGACAUGGACCAGCAUGGUGGAGCUGAACCUGGCAACAAACCAGCUCACCAAGAUUCCAGAGGACAUCUGCGGACUUGUGUCAUUAGAGGUCCUCAUAUUGUCCAACAAUCUCCUGAAGAAGUUGCCUCAUGGGAUUGGGAAUUUACGGAAAUUACGAGAGCUUGACUUCGAAGAAAACAAACUGGAGUGUCUCCCGAAUGAGAUUGCCUACCUUAAAGAUCUACAGAAACUUGUGUUGACCAAUAAUCAGCUGACCACUUUGCCAAGAGGGAUCGGUCACCUGACCAACCUGACGUACCUGGGCUUGGGAGAGAACCUACUGCAGCAUCUACCUGAAGAGAUUGGUACACUGGAGAACCUUGAGGACCUGUACCUUAAUGACAACCCCAACUUGCAUAGUCUGCCAUUUGAGUUGGCCCUAUGCAGUAAGCUGUCCAUCAUGAGCAUAGAGAACUGCCCCCUCAGCCACCUUCCGCCCCAGAUUGUCGCUGGAGGCCCUUCAUUCAUCAUCCAGUUCCUCAAGAUGCAGGGACCUUACCGUGCCAUGGUCUGAUACCCACUGUCUGAGGCUCAAACACUGUACAAACAAAGCCAACAAAGAGGAAAAACUGCAUCGCUAUUCAAUGUCAUCUUUGAAUAUAUCGUCAUCAUUAUAUCUAGGACAGGACUCUAUUUCUGGCUUCCAAAUGGAGGAAUCAUAGCCAGUUAGGUCCCCUUUACCCCACAGUCAAGUAGAAAACAAUGUCUAGGCUUCUGUUGCCUGAAUGAAUGAUUAUACACAUUAGUGAUUCUAAGAAAAGAGGCGCUCUUCAAAUGUUCAAAUAACUUAGCCAAUUUAUCAAAAGUAAUUUUAGUGGAUUUGAUGCCAGGAAACAGUUGUAUGCAAAAACAAAACAAAAUUUUUUUUACAACUUAAUUUUUUGCUGCUGCUGCCGCAAUACUGUAUGUUGGUUUGUUUUAUUUUUUUGCAUCAGAUCUUUUUUUUUUUUUCUUUUAUUCCACAACCAAAAGAUUUUUAUUGUACAGAGGACAUGUUUGGAAGCAGUGAACAAAUUUUAGUGUUUCAUUUUCUUUUUUUUAUUAUUAUAGAAAUUGUGCCUUUUUCAGUGCAGUUGGGUGGUUUGUGUCUGAACAUAAUUAUCCAAGACGUUUUAAUACAAAAAGGAUGAAUUUGCAGAAGUAUCGUUUAUUGAGUUAUUUUCAUUUUGUAACUAUUGCUGAUUGCUUUGUCAGUUGCUUUUUUAAUAUUCAUUCCUCUUAUAUGUUGGGCUACGCUUGACAUUUAAAAUGUAUAGAUCUGCCAUUCCCAGUGAUUCUUCAGUUUUCUGCAUAAUCAAACUAUGUGAAAACAAAGCAACUUAGUUAAAUGAAAAUUUUAAAUGAAUUGACCACAAUCAGGUUAAGGUAAUUGGUUAGGUCUUUCGAACUAGAGGGGUUAUUGUAACAAAACCUGUUAAGGAAAUAUCCUGGUCCUAUUUUACUCUUAAAUCAAAAGAGAUUAUACUAAUUUAUAAUUUGCAUACAAAAAAUGUAUGCCUGUUUUUAGGGACAUUAAGACUUUUUUUUUCAAGACACAUCUCCCCCACUAAGAGUAAACUGUCCAGACGUGUUACAAUAAUGAGAAUCAUCAUUGAAAAUAAUAGGAAUGGUAAAAGUAAAACAUCUAGAUGCAUUACGGUAAUGCAAAUUAUAAUUUAAAACAAUGGGAAUAGUAAAAUUAAAACGUCCAGAUGCAUUACGGCAAAGAGAAUCGUCAUAGAAAUCAAUAGGAACUUUAAAAGUAAAAUGUCCGGACGUGUUACGGUUAGGAAAAUUGUCAUUUAAAACAAUGGGAAUAGUAAAAGUUGCAUUAUGGUAAUGAGAAUCGUCAUUGAAAUCAAUGGGAACAGUAAAGGUAAAAACAUCCAAAUGCGUUACGGUAAUGAGAAACAUCAUUGAAAUCAGUGGGAAUGGUAAAGGUAAAACAUCCAAAUACAUUGCGGUAAUUAAAAUUGUCACAGAAAUCAGUGGAAACAGUAAAAGUAAAACAUCUGGAUGAGUUACUGUAAUGAGAAUCGUCAUUUAAAACAUUAGGAACAGUAAAAGUAAAACGUCCAGAUACAUUACAGUAAUCGGAAUCAUCAUUGAAAUUAAUGGGAAUACUAAAAGUAAAAUGUCCGGACACUGAUGCAAUGAUUCAGAAUCAUUGAAAUCACAAUGCAAAAAAUCGGAAUUUUCUGUAUGCAAAAUAGUUAGUUAAGGCUAAAUAUGACCAGCACAUUUUCUUGACAGUUUUCAUGAUUAUCACCCAAAGGGCAAUGUCAUUGAAGCAACCAUUCGGAAUCAGUUUAAAGGUGUGCUAUGACUCUGGGUCUCUGUCCGGCUUGAUUUUGAUUGGUUUUAUGUUUACUUGUCUGCCAUAUCCACAGUGUUGUGCUCUGCAUCUACAUAUCAGGUGCUGCGAACAAUGCUAGCCAUUAACAACAGAUCUGAAGGCCCACAUUUACUGUGAGGAAUGCCAAAAAACACCCAUUUACAUCAGUUCUCUUCAUUAAUUCUUGACAGAAUCACCAGUAAUGGUCAUUUAAUCUAGGACUGGUCUGAAACUUUACAGUUUGGUUUCUGCUGAACACUGAACCUCUAUAUUCAAAGGAUCUCAUUUUAGUUUGCACCAUUUGUCUGAUACACCACAUCUCUUAUGCUGCUGUUUUUUAUGCACUUUGUAUUGACAUUUGGCAUCCACCUCGAGUAAAAGGGUCACAAUAUUUCAUGUUACCAAUUAAAUGUAUGGAUGGGGGCAUUUUUUUUAUUAUAAUGAUUAUUUCUGAAGUAUUUUACCGUUUAUUUUAAUUUUCUAUCAUGUAUAUUUUAUAACAAUGAAUGAAAACCUUUUGCCUCAGCAAAUUCAAAAGCUAUUAUGAACCUUAUUUCUUUGAUUUUUGAGGCUUUCAUGCUAUCUCUUUAUUAAAUGUUUUGAUUUGAACUUUUCUGCCUGGCUAGUUUGUGAUUCUGAAUAUUAAUGCAUAUCAUUGGUUUCAAAUGGUGCAAAUCAUAGUGUUCAAAUUAAAGCUUAUUAUGUUUUGAAUAUACAAACUUUUUAAAAGGUGGAAUUUCAGUUGGUGUAGUAUUAUAUGAAGUGACUGUAAUGUUACAACUCCACUCUAGUUUAUCAAGCCAAAUGUAAUCUGUUAGUGUUGCGUCCAUGUUUAUUAUUAUUAUUAUGUUUCCACUUUCCCUUUUCAUUUGUAAAGACAUUGUCUACAUUGGCAGCAGUGUAAAGAUCUGCAUGUUCUUGGGGCCUCGUUCGGUGUGAAGAAAGGACACCAAUCGCUGCUUUUUAUCAACCAGCAGAACCUGUUGCUGCUUUCUGGAUCUCCUAAAAGCGUAUUGCUGUAAAAGAACCGAGACGUUACAGACUGAUCUCGGCCGGUUCUAUCAGCACAGACGUUCAGUUACUGAUGAAAUCCCUCUGGUCCCGUUUGGCCAAUACGCAGACGCUGAAUACAAACAUUGUAAAAAGGGCUUUCUCUGUUCAUGCUUAACUAUACACCAGAGGCAUUGCAUUCCUGGUUUUGUAUAAAAGCUUGGAACUGUAAGUUUUUAUGUUUGUUGUGUGUGUGUGUGUUUGCGAGAGUGUGUGUGAGGGAAUAGUCAGAUGUUAUGUGACAAUAAAUGCAUGUGAUGAGUGCUUCAAGUGAGAUGUGCAUUAUGGAUACGACAUUGUGACGUGUUCCAAGUUUUCUGUUUUUGUUUUUUAGCAGUAAUGUGCCAUUUAUGCAGGGCUGAUUUUAAAGUCGGCUAACAGUUAUAUCGGUCAAUUUUAGACGAGAGAGCAUUUAUCGCAAAUAAGGAAUGUAGUCACAAAACACAUUUAAAAAACGGCAUAACGUACUUUUUAAAUGUAAUCAGCCAGAGUGGCUAUUCUGAUUUUCUAUUGUUCUGGUGAAUCCGUUUGAUUUGAGCAUAAUGGUAUGGUUUAUUUUUCUAUUGUCUGUGCUUUUAGGUCAUAGCAACUGUAUAAAUGAAAUUCAUUUUCCAUAUUUGAUUGUUUUGAUUUUGUUUUAUUGUAGGAAUGAGGAAUGUAUAGAAAACACGCAUGUUAAUUUUCUUUCUUUCUUUUAGAUUCAUUAUUGUCUGGGUGGACAGGGGUUAAAACCCCAAUACAACAGAUAAAAAUGUUGCUCUUUUUUUAACUGCAAAAUGUUUUACUUUUACUUCUUAGGCUAUCAAAAGUGUUGUGCAGACAUGUCUAGGCUUUCUCUUGAAAAACAGCCUUUAAGAUACAUCUCUUGUUUUCUCUUUUCUUUCUAACUCAGCCCGAAUGAGUAAUAGGACCAUCUUCCAUCAGAUCAAGUCUUUGCUUUAAGAAGCAUUCUUCAAAUAAAUGUUCAUUUGACUGCCUUACGAAUGUCACAUCUGUACUCAAUAGUCCAGCGACUUAAUUGUCUGCAGCCAGAUAUUACAUUAGAGUUGUCUGAUCGAAGAUAUACAAAUAUUAAAUAU